AUGUCCGUCUUCGCCAUCGUCAUUCUCUCCGUCAUCGGCUCGCUGUUCAAAUCCAGCUCCAACCUCGUCAUGGGCUCCGAAGAAGACCCUGAGGACGGCGGCGCAGUCGCGGGUGCUGUGUUUGGCGCGGUGUUCAUUUACAUUGGAUUCUUCGUGUUCUGCGGGUUCCAGGCGCUUUUGCACUACAGAGAGAGCCGGAGGGGCGCGAUUAGCAUAUAAGAUGCUAUUGGGAAGAGGAGGAAGAAUAGCUGUGGUGGUGAGAGCUUGUAUUGUAUAGGGAGGGAGGAGGACCUGGGGAAGGGACUGAGUAUGGGAUGUUAGAUUCGAUCAAAAAGGCGUUUUCGCGACGGUGUUGGGAUAUAUAGAGAUCUGAUUGCACGCAGGUCUUGUUAUGCGACCUGUUUAUCUUUGACAUAAGAUC